AACCGGUGACCGGUUUGAGAUUGGCUAUGGCGGGACGACGAAUCCUCCGCCAGGUCUGGAGGCGCGGCGCUCGAUGGAGGGAUUCCACUUCGUUCUCCACGCGCGCGAUCGCCCCGGCAUGCGAUAUUUCGAUCGAUCGAGGUGCGCCUUUCGGUUCUAGAGUUUUCGAGCUAUGGCGCGGCUACUCCUCGGUUGGGACGAGUAAGCAGCGGCAAUGCUGGUCGUGUGGGGCGGCCGCGCAGGCGGAGGUGUUCAUGCUGUGCCCGGCGUGCAAGAUCAUCCAGCCGGCGAAUCGAUCGGUGAAUUUCUUCGAUAUUUUCGACUUGAAGAAGGAAUUCGAGCUCGAUACAGGAGAGCUCGAGAAGCGGUACAAGAAUCUGCAAAAGAAGCUUCAUCCUGAUCUCUACAGCAUGAAAUCUUCGAAAGAGCAAGAAUACUCUGCCGAUCAAUCCUCUCAAGUGAUUAAUGCGUAUCAGGUCCUCUUGAAGCCUUUGUCUCGAGCUACUUAUCUGCUGGAAACUUUCGGGGUAGACGUUGAAGAGGAAGGGACUGUCACCGAUCCAGAAAUCCUGAUGGAGGUGAUGGAAAUGCAAGAAACUAUCAGCAGUUGCUCGGACUCAAACAAGCUCCAAGCACUCAAAGAGAAAGUACGUCAGAUUGUUGGUUUUCUAAAGCUUACAUCCAUUUUUAUUUUCUGGAUCACAGGCAUACUCGAGAAUGCUCGAGUACCAGAAAACUUUCGCGGAAGCAAUGAAGAGAAGCGAUCUCGACGCUGCGAAAGAAGCCGUGCAGCGCAUGUCCUACUUCCACCGGAUCAUCAACACGAUCAUUCAAAAACUAUAAGCCCAUUCUCUCGACAGGCAAGUAAGUGGUGUUCUUCUUUUCUCGCAAGGAGCCCAAAACUCUGUGCUACUGUCCAGUGCAACAAGAAAAAGAGAAGCUCCAGGACAAAGCAAAUGCUAGAACGGAUUCUGGAACCGGUCGUACUGCUGCAACCUCUGCUUCUUCUUGUGAGUGUUCCAUCCGAUUAUUCCUAAGACUACGAUGAGCAGGAGCAAAACCAGGAUGAUCCCCUGCCAGGAUCCUCCCUUGUACGAGCUCUCGAUCGAGGGCGAGGGAGCGAUCGGCGUUGGUGGCGUCCCAAAGUAGAGAAGAUCUCUUUGCUGCCGCGGCCUGCCUUGCAUUGUCUCAUGCGUGUGGCUAUGGCUUCCAGGCAGACCAAGAACAAGAAGCAGCCAUUGGGAUAGCAAGAGGUUUUCGGUUUCGCUUUGACGUGGCCUAGUGACAGUUACAAUUCAGUGAUCUAUCAAAAGUUUGGUUUUUAGAAUCCGGGGAGAGCAUCAGCUUGUCAGAGGUGAAAAAGCUUUCCUCACGAUCCAAUCGGAGUGUAGAAUAAAAUUUGCUGGAUCAUCA